AACCUGAUAAAACCAUAAACAUUGUAUCCCCACUCAUAACCUGUGUAUUGUCCUCCAAAAAAAUGAAAUCGAUUUUCAUAUUCGUUUUAUUUUGUGCGUCUGGCUGGCAGUCUGUGAUGUCACACCUAUGUCUGGUCACCCCUAUGCAACGAGGAGAAAUGGACAUCACACACAGUGGAAGUGCGACCUGUUUCCGGCACGGUGCCCCAUGUGGGGGUCAGAAUGCAAGCAGUGGUCCAUAUGAAACAUACACCGGGGGUCAGCAGGUCUUCAUCAAAUGGUUACAGAAUUUCAACCACUACGAAAUCGGGUUUCCAGGGUUCAUGGACAUAUCCUUGGCCCCUUACAACUCCGAUGAUUGGCAGGUGUUGGCCUUUGCUCCGGAUGAGUAUGUAUAUAAUCAAGAUCACCAGCAAAACUAUACAGCAUUUGUGGUCUUGCCUAACAAAGAAUGUGAGCACUGCGUCCUAAGGGCACGAUACGAGUCUCACAAAGCAGGAGAGCAGACAUUCUAUCAGUGCGCCGACAUCACCAUAAAGAAAUCGGAGGAUGACGUCAGCAGAUCACGUGACCCAGACACCGCUCUUUUACAGCACGCGGAGUAUGAGAAGGCCUACAAAAAGUACAACGUCAUCACUCAAGGCACCGGAAAUGACGUUAAUUAUGACGUGUCACUGAGAGGGUUCGCUUACUCUCCGUUUGACCAGGACGUGAUGUUCAUUGUGAAUGUAACUCUAGAUGGACGAAUCCACCCGUUUGGAAAGUUUAACUUCCGCGUCGACUCGGCCAAAAAAUAUAGGUCAGGGCACGAAAAAGAAGCUACAAGAAAACCACUGGCGUCAGGCUUUGUUCUUGAUUCCUUAGUGACUGUUAAUUACUGGAAUAACUUAGUUGUUAUGUACAACUCUGAGGGGGACUAUGAUAAGCCUACCCCCAUGCUUGCCGAAUUUGACACCCACCAGGGAACAAUGCAGACAUCUGAGGUUGCAGAUUUUGACGGAAGUCCGAUCAAUGCUUUGCUGUCCAAUCUUAACGACACUUACUAUACCUUCAGCAUUGAAAAUGCGGGCUCAAAAGGUUAUAAUUUUGUUGUUGGGCAGCUUUAUUUGAUCAAAAACACUCUACCGUAUCGGUUCCGGAAGUUGAUUUCCAGCGGACCGGAACCACUGUAUGUCAACUACCAAUGGGCGGAGCUGGAUGUGGAGCGACAGCAAUUGUUUGUCCUGAUGGGCAACGAAAACACCCCAAACAAAUUGCUCGCAAAGCUCUACACCUACGACCUUAAAAAGAUGGUUCUUUCCAGCGUCGUAGAUCUCUCCGUUGAGAUGAACGCAUACAUGAGUUUCCACUAUUACAGAAAAACUGGUAUGAUAUACGCGGUGUCCCCUGGGAUUUUCUACACACUCCGGUACCCUCGCUAUGAUCUUAUUGAGGUCAAUCCAACAACAGGAAAAGUAACUCGAUCAACUAGAAUCUCCGAUUGGGGUUAUUUUCGGGGGUACUUUGGAGGAGCCGUGUUUGAUGGUCUGGACCAAGAUACGGGCAUUCUGUACCACGUGAUGAGUAUGCAGGACACUAAUGCUGAUGUCAUCGCUAGUAUUGACGUCACUAGCGGGAAAGUGACAUUUUCACAGAUGACGAAUCUUAAGCACGUGCAUAACCUUGCCCUCACGAACAAUAAAUUCUUCAAGUCUCGAACUUGAAUAUGUUCAAUAAUUUAAUUCAUAAAAAGGGGCGAUUUACUCACAAAUCCAUAUUAAUUGCAAAUCUACUGAAUGAGUAUUCUAAAAGUAAAGUGCUAUCUGUUUGC